AUGCCGCGUCAGUCGAAGAAGGGUGCUCAGCAAGCGGCCAAGGCGGGCAAUGUGGAGCGCAAUCCUGCAGCAAAAGGCCAUCAGUCGGAGCCGGCGACGCCGAAACCGAUGUUGAAGGAGGUGGAAGGCCCCUUUGCGGACGACGUGCGUAUCUCUCUGGUGAAGAAGUUAACGACUCUGAAGUUUCCACCCACGGCUUCCUCUGCUGGACGAGGGGAGGACAGUGCUGCAGAAGAGAAGGACGAAGCAACUGAGGUUACACCACCGGCUGUUGAUCCUGUGGCUCCUGUGGUCGGGGAGGAAGAAGAAGAGGAGGAAGAUGAUGGAUAUCUCAGUGACGACCCGGAAGUUCUGUUGCCGGCGUGGCUGUCGAAAAAGCAGUACGGAAGACUGCAAGUUACCUUUCUGCAGGCGUCGGACGCUAACUACGUGUGGUGUCGCCGGAUUGAGCACAAGAUGUUGGAUGAGAAGAAGAUCUUUCUGGAUUGGCAGCAUCCCGAGAAUCCUACCUAUACUCACAAGCGUGCGACAAACCCGGAUUCAAUCGAAGUGCUGCUGAAGAGUGUCCUGGCUGCGAUUACGCCGGAGAUGGUGUACGAGUAUUUGGUGAAGACGGUUUUGGAGAAGCGCGGUCGUACUUCUUUCCUCAGUGGGGAUGCCUUUCAUCGGGUGGUGGAUCCUGUGACGGGUGCAGACACGGACAAGAUAAGGGGCCUGGUUAAGGGGCACCCGGGGGAUAAGGCGUCGAUGGCGAGCACGCGGAUUGACCGGGGCCUGAUAUCCUUCUCGCUUGUUGGUUUGUUGGCUGACGCGCGGCAUGUUAAGGUGCCAAGGGGGUUAUCAGACCACUGGUUCGGCAUCAAGUUUGCGCUAGCAGUGGCGGAACCAGAUGACCGGGGCCUUGGGAUGUGGAGAAUGCAAGCGAGGCAGGCACAGAGGAGAGGAGUGAGUGUGGUGACAGCUCGCAUACUCCAGCGGAUUGGGGCAGAGAAGAUUGACAUCGGGAAAAAACUGAGAUUGCUCAGCGUGGGGCUGAGGGACUACUCGCGGGAAGAAAGGAAGAGGGUGAAGGCAACGGUCACGCAUCUCGAGCGUGUAGUGGAGUUCCUGCGGCACAAAGUCAUGAGAUACCCGAGGGAUAAAAGGGUGCAGAGCAAGUUGGUGCGGAAAGAGGCACACCUGGAGGCCUAUUUGCAGAGCUGCAAGGAUAGGAUGCAGGUCCUGGCGGUCAUCAAGGUGGAACUGGACGGGGAGGUCCCGUCCCUGUACCUCUUAGCGAAGAUCAAGGCAGCAGCGGAUCAUUUCAGGGCCGCCUUCAAAGAAGUGCCGCCGGAGGAGGCCGUGGACUGGGAGAAUUUCUCGGAAGGCGCGAAAUUUUCAGUCGCGGAUGCGGCGUCGCUAGGUGCCGAAUGGACAGAAGCCGAGGUCAAGGAGGGGCUGGAGGGGCUACCAAAGGGGAAAUCUCCGGGCCAGGAUGGUCUGCCGGCGGAGUUUUUCAUUCUGCAUUGGGAGCUGCUCAUGGAACACGUGAGGGGUUUUGUCAGGGAAUUUGUGGAGAUGGCGAAGAUGCCGGAGGGCAUCUCAACUGCUGUAACAGUUCUACUGCACAAAGAGGGCGAUACAGACCAGCUGGGUAAUUACCGGCCAAUCACUCUACUUACAGUCAUGUAUAAACGGGUUACGAAAAUCAUGGCGACAAGGCUGAAAAGGGUGCUGUCGAAGGAGCAACACGGUUUCUUGCCGGGAAAGAGCCUGGCAGACGUGGUGUCGGUGGUUGCGGAUGCAGUGGAGGCGCCCAACGGUGGGAGCAAAGACUGGUUGUUGUUGCUGGUAGACUUUAAGAAGGCGUACAAUACAGUCUCAAGGGAUUUCCUCUUCAGAGUGAUGUCAGAACUGGGCAUACCGGAGAGGUUUGUCAGGUGGACCAGGGGCCUGCACGAAGAAGCAGGGAUGCGAGUCAUUAUUAAUGGAUGGCUGAGCGAGAAGGUGGAGAUGCAUAGGGGUGUCAGACAGGGCUGCCCGCUUGCACCAUACCUCUUCCUCUGCGCGCUGGAACCGUUGUGCAGAGAGAUGCAGCGCAGGAGACUGGGGGUCGGGCCGGAAGGGAAGACGCCGCUCUCGUAUGUGGGGUACGCGGAUGACACCUCUAUCCUGCUACGCGGAGAAGGUCAACUGCAAGAGGUGGUAGAGGUGCUAGACAUGUUUGGCAAGCAGUCUGGUUUGAAGGUUAAUUGUGACAAGUCGGUGGUGGUUCCCCUGGGAUGCAACAGAGGGACUGCAACGCCACAAGGCAUGCCGUACAAGUGGUCUGAGAGAGAAGAACCUGAAAGGCUCCUGGGCAUAUGGAUAACACCCAACGGCGACGCUGGCCCGUCCUGGAAAAAGGCACACGAGAGGAUAAAGGAGGAGUUAAGGAAGUGGGAAGCACAAUAUCUCACGACGACAGCGAGGGUAGCGGUGAUCAGCUGCUACGUUCUACCCGUGCUUAUGUUUCAAGCCCAGGUGUACUCACCACCGUAUGAGGUGUGGGAGAAGAUCAGGAAGCUCGGCCACGCUUUUGUCUCGGCCGGAGAAGUUGCGGAGGAAAAAAUCUUCAUCCUCUGGAGCGCCUACCUUGCGUGUCUCCCGCGGAAGGAUGGGGGUUUGGGCCAGAUCGAUCCGAAACUCUGCUUGGACGGGCUGGCUGUCCGCAGGGUGGGAAAGCUCCUGCGCGAGCCGGACGCCACACGGCGGUGGUUGGCGGAGGAAGCGGCUGGUUUUCCGCAAGGGUGGGCCACGCUGUACGCACAUCCGUCGCCAAUCAAGCAGUGGCAGCAAGGGAGUGAAAGGUGGAAGGCAGCAGUGAAAGUCUUCUUGAAGUCGCCUUUCGCGUCGCUGCCGUCGCCAGCGAGCAGAUGGGAGGUGGAGGAGGAGUUCAUUUGGGUGAGUAGGGAAGUGAAGGGCGAAGAGGAGCUAGCGGUGGAACAAGGGUGCAAGGAAGCGGCAAUUAUGGCGCGGAAAGCCUACGAGGCAAUCCCGCCAGAAUGGAAAAAGAUGGUUGAAGAGCCAACGACAGUGGCGGCAGUAGUAGCGGCGUCAGGCGUGGCGAGAUACGUCCUCCGAGGCCAGCCUACGGGGCCUCUGUGGGCGAUGAAGGGAAUUGACGGCGCACAAAUUGUCGCAGAGUACAUGGCGACGGACGCGGAAGGGAAGUUGUACGUCCCAGGAGGACGGAGGGAGACAUGUUUUGAGGCUUGUAGCCUACAGCCUCUGGCGGUCCGGGGAGGCAGGGUGCUUGGUACAGUAGGGGACCCGAAGGCAAGGAUACUAGGGAAGCUUGGACUCUUUGCUGGCGGGGAACUGGUGCCGCUGCGCAGGUUACGGGCUAUGCUCUCUAAGUCGACGGGGCAUUCUUGGAGGCAGGCGGAGUGGGAAGAGGAUUGGGGCAAGAAGAUAGAUUGGAAGAGGGCUAUCGACACACGGGACUCGGUAAGUGUCCCCCUCAAGGCGAGGGAUGUGCUUCUCAGGGUGCAUAGCAUGAACCUCCAGGUGGGGGGGAGAUUGGAUUUCUUCCAGAACAGGAUUGCUUGCCCGCACUUUGGGGGUGAGGAAACCCUAGCGCAUUGCCUUUACAGCUGCCCAACAAUACAGCCUGUGAUCGAUGCGCUUAAGAGGUCCCUGCAGAUGAUGAAUCCGGGCAAGCCCAUGGACUCGCUGGGCGACCUGCUUUAUGAGCAUGGGGGCACGAAGUCAGGCUUUCCUGAGAUGACUUUGACAGCGGCAAUACUCGGGCGGAUCUGGUUGGCGCGCUGUGAUGCGGUGUGGCGUGCGACCCCUUUUGAUCGGAAGAAGGUGGAACGCUGUGCAGUGUUGGAUUUCAUGACGCAUGCGAGAGUGGUGGUGGUGUAA